AGUAUAAAUGUAGGUAUUGAGAGUGAUAAAUUCAGAACACAUAUCAAUCUAAUUCUAUACUAUUCACUCUCUCUAUUUCAUCAUCAUGAAUAUUCUCAAAGUGAUUAUGUUUAUGUUUGUGCUGAGUGUGGUGUUGCAGGCUGCUUAUGGACAACACCACAUCCGAUGCAUUCCAAAGGAGAGGGAAGCACUCCUUCAAUUCAAGGCUGCCACUGUUGAUCACAACGGCAUACUCUCCUAUUGGACCACUCCCGACUGUUGCCAAUGGGAGGGGAUUCGCUGCACCAACCUCACCGCUCAUAUUAUAAGCCUGGACCUUCACGGAGAAGUUCAUUAUGAAUCUUUUUCUCUUGGCCAAUAUAAUGAAGUCUCUCGGUAUUAUUACAUCAGCGGAGAGAUCCACAAGUCGUUAAUGGAGUUUCGACACUUACAGUAUUUGAAUCUCAGUUUCAAUGAUUUUCGAGACACUAAUAUUCCAGAGUUUCUUGGCUCUCUUACCAACUUGAGAUAUCUUGAUCUCUCUUCAUUUUAUUUUAGCGGACAAAUUCCAACUCAGAUAAGUUCUCUUUCUCAUUUGAAAUAUUUGAAUCUUGCUCAUAAUCAUUUGGAUGGUUCAAUCCCUCGUGAACUUGGAAAUCUCUCUCGGUUGGAGUAUCUUGAUCUCAGGUACAAUUCUUUUGAAGGAUUCAUUCCUUCCCAACUAGGAAACCUUUCAAAUUUGCAUAAACUCUAUCUUGGAGGAGGAUAUCAUAGUGCUCUCAAAAUUGUCACCACUGAUCAAUGGUUAUCUAAUCUUAAUUCUUUAACCCAUCUUUCCUUCACUUCCAUAUCUAAUUUUAACAGUUCUCCUAGCUGCCUUCGAACCAUUGCCAAGCUACCAAAACUAAAAGAACUGAGUUUAAUUGAAUGUGGCCUUUCCGAUCAUUUCCUCCUUUCAUUCAACCCUUCCAACUUCAAUUUUUCUACUUCCCUUUCUGUCCUUGAUCUUUCUAGUAACUCAUUCACACAACCAAUGGUAUUCCAGUGGGUGUCAAACACCACCUCCAACCUUGUUGAGCUUGACCUUAAUGGUAACCUCUUGACGGGUUCCACAUCAAAUCAUUUUGGCUUGGCCAUGAAUUCGCUUGAGCACCUUUACCUCUCCUAUAAUGUGUUCAAGGGUGAAGAUUUGAAAUCAUUCAUCAACAUAUGCAACCUACUUUCUUUAGACAUGUCUGCAAACGAUAUGGCCGAAGACCUUUCGUCAAUUCUUCAAAAUUUGUCCAGUGGUUGUGUUAGAUACUCACUACAUGAUUUGAGUUUGGCAAACAAUCAUAUCAGAGGCUCCAUACCUGACCUUUCAGUGUUCUCAUCUUUACAGAUAUUGGAUAUUUCUGACAAUCAAUUGAGUGGGAAGAUACCUGAAGGCACUAGAUUGCCAUCUCAUUUGGAGCAGUUGUUAAUUGUGUCUAACUCUUUAGAAGGUGGUGUUCCAAAAUCAUUUGGGAGCACAUGUACUUUGGAGUUAUUGCAUUUAUCUUUCAACAAGUUGAGUGAAGAUCUCACAGUGAUAUUUAAUCAUUUGUCUGGAUGUUCUAGAUACUCAUUACAAGAGUUGAAUUUGGAAAACAAUCAAAUCAGAGGCUCCAUACCUGACCUUUCAGCAUUUUCAAAUUUAAAAUUGUUGUAUCUUUCUGACAAUCAAUUGAGUGGGAAGAUACCUGAAGGCACUAGAUUGCCAUCUCAUUUGGAGUGUUUGUUAGUUAGGUCUAACUCUUUAGAAGGUGGUGUUCCAAAAUCAUUUGGAAGCACAUGUACAUUGGAGUUAUUGGAUUUAUCUUUCAACAAGUUGAGUGAAGAUCUAACAGUGAUAUUUAAUCAUUUGUCUGGAUGUUCUAGAUACUCAUUGCAACAUUUAUAUUUGAGUAUGAAUCUAAUUAGUGGUACUUUGCCUAGCAACCUCGCCACAAUGUUCCCAUCAUUAAAAGCAUUGUACCUUGAUAAUAACAAGCUAAAUGGGACAAUUUCUGAAGAUCUUCGAUUUCCAACAGGAAUUGAUGUAUUAUCCUUUGAUGUCAAAACUCUUGAAAGGUUAAAAAUCCCUUCCGUCUUGAAGAAUUGCACACAGUUGGUGAUGGUUAGAAAUAGCAGAAAGAAGAUUAUCAGAUCUAUCCCAAAUUGGAUUCGGGAACGGAAUUAUCGCAG